UCACACCGCCCUGACUCACAGCAGUAUCGGCGGUCAUUCCAUCUGUAAGGGAAGCCGUGUACUGGUGAAUAUGUGGGCCAUACACCACGACCCGGAACACUGGGACCAACCAGAGGACUUCAGACCAGAGCGUUUCCUAGACGACAAAGGCCAGCGCUUCAUUCCUUCCUGUUUCAUGCCAUUUGGGGCAGGGCCUCGGGUCUGCGUGGGCGAAUCACUGGCCAGGCUGGAGCUGUUCCUGUUUGUGAGUGGUCUGCUGCAGAGGUUCAGCUUCAGCCCCGCCCCUGGGGAUUCCCUACCCGACCUGGAGGGGCGCCUAGGGGUGGUGCUACAGCCACUCAGAUACACCCUCACUGUUACACCUAGACCAGGCUGGGAGGGGUUCCUAAACGAACGCUCCCACAGUCUGGUAACAGAGGACAUGCUGGGAUCUGUAGUUCCUAAACGAACGCUCCCACAGUCUGGUAACUGA